AGCAAAAGGAGUAAUGGUGUCUGACAUAGAGGUAAGUUUAAGCAAUAUAGCAACCCUAUAACAGCCUUGACGCUAAUGUUGUUCCCCCAAGUAACUUCCUUUUCCUUUUAGGAUGAUAUGGUAUGGGUUGUCCCAGAAGAUAAUCAGACUACAGCUUAUGAAUUCGAAACAGAGAAAUAUGUAGAAAGUUGUAAGACUGAGAGAAAUUAUGACAUUUGUGAUCAAGAACCCUCUACCAGCACUAGUAGUAAAAGUAUUGAUAAUGCAGAAGAACCCAACUGGAAAAAGGGCACUGAUUUGCAAAAACCUAAAGAUCAAGCUCUUGUUCCACCACAUUUAAGAGGGAAAAAAAGAAAGAAAGCAGUAGAAACAACACAACCGAAAAGACAAGGAGUCAAAAUUCUGUCAUCUUCAAAUAUUGCCAAAAAAUACGACAUACUUUUGGACCGGCGUGCCAUUUUAGUGGACAAGCAAAUUGAGCAAAUAAACGAAGAAUUACAUUUCCAAAAAAUAAAAAACAAAUUGGAAAUUGAGAUUCUCAAGUUGAAAGUUGAAAAGGAAAAAAAGGAGCAGAUUAGUGUAUAG